AUGGACUCCAACGGCUUCAGAAACGCGGCCAUUUCGUCGAUUGAGGAAAUCAUCGGCUACUAUGACAACAUCGAGACGCGCAAUGUCGUGUCGACGGUCGAGCCGGGCUAUCUGAGGAAGCUGCUGCCGACCGAGGCUCCCGCGCAGGGCGAGCCGUGGGCCGACAUCCAGAAGGACAUCGAGGCCAAGAUCCUCCCCGGCAUCACGCACUGGCAGCACCCCGGCUUCCACGCCUUCUUCCCGUGCGCCACCAGCUACCCGUCCAUCCUGGGCGAGCUGUACAGCGCCGCCCUGAGCGGGGCCUGCUUCAACUGGAUCUGCAGCCCCGCCGUCACCGAGCUCGAGACCAUUGUGCUGGACUGGCUGGCCAAGCUGCUGGGCCUGCCCGACUGCUACCUGUCGACGGGCGCGACACGGGGCGGCGGCGUCAUCCAGGGCUCGGCCAGCGAGGCCGUGCUAACCGCCAUGGUCGCCGCCCGCGAGAAGUACCUGUGCGAGACGGUGCCCGCCGACCUCGACGGUGAAGCCCGCGACGACGCCAUCGCCCACAAGCGCAGCCGCAUGGUCGCCCUCGCCACCACCACCACCCACAGCUCCACCAAGAAGGCCGCCAUCAUCCUCGGCGUGCGCUUCAUGGCCAUCCCCGUGCGCGCCGAGGACAACUACGCCCUCUCGGGCCCCGUCCUCGCCCGGGCCCUCGCCGACUGCCGCGCCCGCGACCUCGAGCCCUUCUUCCUGACCGCCACGCUGGGCACCACCGACACGUGCGCCGUCGACGACUUCGCCGGCAUCACGUCGGCCCUCGCCGGCUUCGUCCCCGCCGGCGCGCCCGGCGAGGUGUGGGUGCACGUCGACGCCGCCUACGCCGGCGCCGCCCUGGUGUGCCCCGAGGUUCAGGCGGCCACCAACGUCGCCCUCGUAGCCGGCUUCCACAGCUUCGACAUGAACAUGCACAAGUGGCUGCUGACCAACUUCGACGCGUCGUGCCUGUACGUGCGCGACCGCGAGUGGUUCGUGCGCGCCCUGACCGUCAACCAGGCCGUCUACGGCAACGCCGCCUCGGACGGCGGCCUCGUGACCGACUACCGCGAGUGGCAGAUCCCCCUCGGCCGCCGCUUCCGGAGCCUGAAGGUCUGGUUCGUGCUGCGCAGCUAUGGUGCUGACGGCCUGCGCGCCUACAUCCGCCGCACCACCAAGCUGGGCGAUGACUUUGCCGCCUGGCUGCGCGCCCGAGCCGACCUGUUCGAGAUCAUGACCGGGCCUAGUUUCGCCCUGACCGUCUUCCGCAUGGUCGGCAGGCCCGAGUCGGACGAGGACGAGCGCAACGCCCUCACCAAGGCCCUCUACGACGCCGUCAACGCCACCGGCCACAUGUGGGUCACCAGCACCGUGCUCAACGGCCGUUUUGGUAUCCGCAUGAUGACGGGCGUGCGCACCACCGAGAAGGAACACGUCGAGGCCGCCUUCCAGACGCUGGUGGGCGCCGCCGAGGAGAUUCUCAAGAGCUGA